GAUCGCGUCUGAAGACGUCGCGCAUCAAGAGUAGAGGAUAGUAUAUACCAUUCUGAGCUGAAUCGCUUGUUUAUAAUACUUUCGCGACCUUUUAUCCAUACUAUCCUUGUGCUCUACCAUUGGCACCUACAAACUACGACCCUGAACUUGGCCAGCCAACAGCACAACCUUUUCCAUAUACACAUACUAUUUUCAACAUGGGCUGGUGGCCCUUCUCAGGCGCAGGCGCAGACGCCGCAGCAAAACAGCAGCACCAACAGCCAGCCACUAUUUCAAGUUCAACAUCGCCCGUACAAAAACCAAACGAUGCACCCACACCGACAAUAUCACACAUACAUUCUGCCCCCCACGAUCCCGACUUCUACGCCGCCCACCCACACCUCGCCCCACCCUCUUUUUCUUCCAAUACUGUCUCGUCCUCGACAACCAACAGCACAGACAAUGCCACACAACAAUUCGAGGAGCUCGACCCUACACUACCCCGUACCAUGUCCUGCCGUGCCGCCUUUGAUAGCGCCUUCUAUUGCUCAUCACUCGGCGGCCACUUCAACGAUAUAUACCGCUACGGGCAACUCCGAAGCUGCUCCGACCACUGGAGCGACUUUUGGUUCUGUAUGCGCACAAAAAAUAGUCGGAGCGGCCAGGAAGUCAAGGAGCGCAUGGUGCAGGAUAGGUAUUGGGAGAAGGAAAUGGUGCUCAAGAGUGGGCCUAAUAGCGAAGAUAUCUGGCGUAAGAGGAAGCCAGGAGAAGAGGUUAGAGGGGCAUUUAGUAGGCCUGCUGAUGAGGUAUAAAAGCAGUGAUAUGAAUAUGGGAUUAUGUACGACAUACUGUAAGACUGGGUGCUGAAUUGCAAAGAGUUUGAUUGAUUGAUUAAGCCACGUUUACCAACCUAUCUAGAAACCUCAUACAUGAAACGUGAGGCAGUACAAUACUUACUUCUCUCUACUCGAAAUUUACAAAUGACUCCAAGCCCUUCUCGGAGG